GCAUUUUGCGGAAUAGAUGAAUUGCAUUGUGUUCAUUCUUGAGUAUCGAGUAUGUAGUAACGGUGGGUAAGACUCAUUACAGGACAAUUAAGGGAUAUGUUUUAUUAGCUUGUUUCAGUAAUUAAUGGUAUCAUGUAAGUGUAGCCAUACUGGAUUUAUGUCAUAUUAUGUAAAUAGAUGUUAGGAUGGUCAGGGAUGUAUAAAAAUUUUUCCUGUUGAAAUUUAGGUGUUAUUUGUUAUGAGACGAUAAGGAAGACAUUUUAGAAACAAAAUUAACUUGUAAAGCAGUCUAACAAUGAUACAUUUUGGAAAAGUGAAUUUGAAACGGUGUCUGUCUUUCAUUAAUUAAACUUGAAUUUAUCUUUUUUUGAUACUGGAAUAAAAUAAAAUAACAGUUUGGAGUAUAUUAUGUUACAAAAUUGCUGUUAUUUUUUUUCCCCAAACAGAAGCUCCACCAUGAGACGAGGUGGAUGGAGGAAGCGAGCUGAAAAUGAUGGCUGGGAAAACUGGGGUGGGUAUAUGGCUGCCAAGGUCCAGAAAUUGGAUGAACAGUUUCGAUCAGAUGCUGCUAAGCAGAAGGAUGGGACUUCAUCUGAGAUUUUUAGUGGAGUUGCCAUUUAUGUUAAUGGAUAUACAGAUCCUUCUGCUGAGGAAUUGAGAAAGUUAAUGAUGUUGCAUGGUGGCCAGUAUCAUGUGUAUUAUUCCAGAUCCAAAACAACACACAUUAUUGCCACAAAUCUUCCUAAUGCCAAAAUUAAAGAAUUAAAGGGGGAGAAAGUAAUUCGACCAGAAUGGAUUGUAGAAAGCAUCAAAGCUGGACGACUCCUGUCCUACAUUCCCUAUCAGCUGUACACCAAGCAAUCCAGUGCACAAAGAGGUCUCAACUUUAAUCCUGUAUGCAAACCUGAGGACCCCAUGCCUGGCCCAAGCAAUAGAGCCAAACAGCUCAACGACAGGGUAAAUCACAUAAUUAAGAAGAUUGAGACUGAAAACGAAGUCAAAGUCAAUGGAAUGAACACUUGGAAUGAAGAAGAUGCAAAUAAUGAUUUUGGUUUUGUGGAUCUAGAACAGACGCUUCCAGGAAGGAAACAAAAUGGAAUUUCAUAUUCCCGAGGCAGUGCUGCCAUUUUUAAUGGACACACUCAUAGCUCUAAUGGUGCCUUAAAGACACAGGAUUGCUUGAUGCCGAUGGGCAACAGUAUUGCCAGCAGGCUUUCUCCAGACUCUGCCCACGAGGAGCAGAGAGCUGAGAAGAGUGACACUGACUUCAGAGACUGCAUGCUACAGCAGUUGCAACAAAGCACCAGAAAUACAGAUGUUUUGCGGAGUCCACACAGAACUAAUUCUCACUUACCACCUUUGCACAGUAACACUAAAAUCAACGGUGCUCACCAUUCCACUGUUCAGGGGCCUUCAAGCACAAAAAGCACUUCUUUAGUACCUACUCAUAGCAAGGCAGCACCUUCAGUGCCGUCCAAGCCUUCAGACUGCAAUUUUAUUUCAGAUUUCUAUUCUCAUUCAAGACUGCAUCAUAUAUCAACGUGGAAGUGUGAAUUGACUGAGUUUGUCAAUACCCUACAAAGACAAAGUAAUGGUAUCUUUCCAGGAAGGGAAAAGUUAAAAAAAAUGAAAACAUGCAGGUCUGCCCUUGUUGUAACUGACACAGGAGAUAUGUCAGUAUUGAGUUCACCCAGACAUCAGAGCUGUAUAAUGCAUGUUGAUAUGGAUUGCUUCUUUGUAUCAGUGGGUAUACGAAAUAGACCAGAUCUGAAAGGUAAACCAGUAGCUGUUACAAGUAACAGAGGCACGGGAAGGGCACCUUUACGUCCUGGCACUAACCCCCAGCUGGAGUGGCAGUAUUACCAGAAUAAAAUCCAGAAAGGCAAAGCAGCAGAUAUACCAGAUUUAUCAAUGUGGGAGAAUCAAGAUUCUGCACAAACAAAUGGAAUUGAUUCUGUUUUGUCAAAGGCUGAAAUUGCUUCUUGUAGUUAUGAAGCCAGACAAGUUGGCAUCAAGAAUGGAAUGUUUUUUGGACAUGCUAAACAGCUCUGUCCUAAUCUUCAAGCUGUCCCAUAUGAUUUUCAUGCAUAUAAAGAAGUUGCACAAACAAUGUAUGAAACAUUGGCAAGCUAUACUCAUAAUAUUGAAGCUGUCAGUUGUGACGAAGCACUGGUGGACAUCACUGAAAUUCUUGCAGAGACCAGACUUUCUCCUGACGAAUUUGCAAAUGCUGUGCGAAUGGAAAUCAAAGACAAGACUAAAUGUGCUGCUUCUGUUGGGAUUGGUUCUAACAUUCUCCUGGCUAGAAUGGCAACCAGAAAAGCAAAACCAGAUGGGCAGUACCACCUACAACCAGAUGAAGUGGAUGACUUUAUCCGAGGCCAGCUAGUUACUAACCUACCAGGAGUUGGACGUUCAAUGGAAUCUAAGUUAACAUCUUUGGGAAUUAGAACUUGUGGAGACUUGCAGUACAUGACCAUGGCAAAACUCCAAAAAGAAUUUGGUCCCAAAACUGGUCAGAUGCUUUACAGGUUCUGCCGUGGUUUGGAUGAUAGACCAGUUCGAACUGAGAAGGAAAGAAAAUCCAUUUCAGCUGAAAUCAACUACGGAAUAAGGUUUACUCAGCCAAAAGAGGCAGAAGCUUUCCUUUUGAGUCUUUCAGAAGAAAUCCAAAGACGACUUGAAGCUGCUGGCAUGAAGGGUAAACGUCUGACUCUCAAAAUCAUGGUACGAAAACCAGGGGCCCCUGUAGAAACUGCAAAAUUUGGAGGACAUGGAAUUUGUGAUAACAUUGCCAGGACUGUAACUCUUGACCAGGCAACUGAUAGUGCAAAAAUCAUUGGGAAAGCUACAUUAAACAUGUUCCAUACAAUGAAACUAAACAUAUCAGAUAUGAGAGGGGUUGGGAUUCAAGUCAAUCAGUUGACUCCAGUUAAUUCAAACACCUCCACGUCUUCCAGUCGCCCGUCAGUUCAGUCAAGUCACUUCUCUGGUGGGUCACACACUGUCCGCGAUCUUUUCCAAGCUCAGAAAGCGAAGAAGCCCACAGAAGAGCAGCACAAGGAAGUGUUUACGGCUGCAGUGGAUCUGGAAAUACCACCUGCCUCUAGAAAUUGUGCUGACAAUAACAAAGUCGAGUCUUCAAGGAAAUGCAAUGGUCUGCAUUCUCCUGUCAGUGUACAAUCAAGACUCAAUCUAAGUAUAGAGGUCCCAUCCCCUUCCCAGCUUGACGAGUCUGUUUUAGAAGCACUUCCUCCUGAUCUCCGAGAACAAAUUAAACAAGUUUGUGCUAUUCAAGGAGAAUCGCAAGGUGACAAAAAGAAAGAACCAGUAAAUGGCUGUAAUACAGGAAUUUUGCCUCAACCAAUUGGGACAGUUUUGCUGCAAAUGCCUCAAGAAUCUAUUAGUGAUGCAGGAAUAAAUGUUAUUGCCCUCCCAGCAUUUUCACAGGUGGAUCCAGAGGUGUUUGCUGCCCUUCCUGAUGAGCUUCAAAAGGAGCUGAAAGCUGCCUAUGAUCAAAGACAAAGGCAGGGAGAGGCUGCCUCUCACCCGCAGCCAGCCAGUGCAGCUGUGCCAAAGAAUCCUUUGUUUCAACUAAAACCAGUAGCAGUGAAAGACAAGAAAAAGAAGAAAAGAAAACCCAUCAGUUCCCCCCAAAAGAUUCAGAGUCCUUUGAAAGCCAAGCUGCUCAUCAGUCCUGCAAAAAUUCUACCAGGGGCCUACGGGAGUCCCCAGAAGUUGAUCGAUGGGUUCUUAAAACACGAAGGACCUAGUGCUGAGAAACCUAUGGAAGAACUCUCCGCUUCUACUUCAGGUGUGCCAGGCCUUUAUAAUUUGCAACCUGACCAAUCCAGCUGUGUUAAACACACAGCACCUAAUCUAGCUGGAGCCGUUGAAUUCAAUGACGUGAAGACCUUGCUCAAAGAAUGGAUAACUACAAUCUCAGAUCCAAUGGAAGAAGACAUUCUUCAAGUUGUGAAGUACUGUACUGACCUUAUUGAAGAAAAAGACUUGGAAAAACUGGAUCUAGUUAUAAAAUACAUGAAAAGGUUGAUGCAGCAGUCGGUGGAAUCAGUUUGGAAUAUGGCAUUUGACUUUAUUCUUGACAACGUUCAGGUGGUUUUACAACAAACUUAUGGAAGCACAUUAAAAGUUACAUAAAAUAUCCCCAGAGAGCCUGGUGCCCUCUGCUAGCUGUGCCAUAAGUGCUUGUGAGGUAUUUGCAAAGUGCAUGAGAGUAAUGCUGUUUUUUUUUUAAGUUUCUUUUUAAGCAAGUGUUUUGUACAUUUCCUUUCAAAAAGUGCCAAAUUUGUCAGUAUUGCAUGUAAAUAAUUAUGUUAAUUCUUUUACUGUAGCAUAGAUUCUAUUUACAAAAUGUUUGUUUAUAAAGUUUUAUGGAUUUUUACAGUGAAGUGUUUACAGUUGUUUAAUAAAGAACUGUAUGUAUAUUUUG